AUGUCAUCCUUGCAGCCCGAUAAUAGCGGCAACACCCCGCCCGCUGACGCUGCAGCACAGAACGUUUCCGACACGGGGUACACACCGAUGGAUACCAAUCUCCCCACACCCACUUCUAACGACACAGAGCUUAACAGAGCAACCACCGCUGACGCCGCAGCAAAGAACGCUCCCGACACCGAGCACACGCCCAUGGACACAACCAUCCCGAACUCCACUUCCAAAGACACAGAGCUUAACAGAGCGACCACAGACCCCGAAGACCCCGAAGACCCCGAAAUGGUCUACUUCGACAUCCAAGGGCACCGGCUCGGCGUCCGUCAUUCCCUCCUUAGCCGCAUCCCCUACUUCUCCACCCUUGCCGGCGGCAGGUGGCGCAUCGCGAUGACCGCGUCCGAGGAAAGUCCUCGCGGCAAAAGCAGCACGGCCGACCACGACUCUCCAAAGGCGCCCGCGUACGUCGUCACACUCCUUGACCCCGAGAUCCAAGCGGUCAUGACCCCACCCAUCCUCGAGACCAUCAAACGCGCGCUGACCGCCAAUCGAUUCUACUACCUGUUUGUGUUCCUCCCUCUGGACGUCCGCGUCGCUGAUCUGUUCAGGUGCCUCAGCUUCCUGGCCGUCGUCAGAGACUACUUCUCUAUCCGCAGCCGCGGCGCCGAUGGGGAGGAUACGUACCCAGGUCAGGACCGUAUCCUGGGCGUUGGCAUGGAUGUAGCCGCGCCGAUGGAAGGAAGGAAGAAGAAGGAUGCAGUGGAUCCGGUGAAGAAAGAGAGGGAGAGGCAGACGAUCAAGGCCAAUGCGGAUGCGGAUAGGGUGUGUGCGUGCGACGACGUGUGGGGGACGCUGGAUGACGACUUUGGGUUUGCGGAAGCGAACGCCCGAGCGGCGCGUGAGACGCCCGCCGCGACCAACACAACCCCAGCCCACGGCAUCGCCAACCCACCCUCGUCUACUUUCACCCUCGGCACGGCUCCCGACACGGGUGACGACGGCGGAUGGGGAAACGACCCAGAGCCCGCCACCCCCGCGGAUCCCACACCGAUCGUCAAGCUCUUCGCGUACCGCCUCGCGCCCCAACCGCUCACCGUCUCCCCCUCGCCCAAACCCCGCACGGGGAUCAUGAAAACCGACGCAGACGCCUUCCUCACCGAAGACGCCAAAGCGAUCAGCCACGCGAUCCGCCGCGGGCCGCCGCAGUACGCCAAGCAGGAGAAGCUCAAAGCCGAGUACAACCGCGCCAUGCACGAGCACCGCAACCGUGAACAGCAGCUUGCGCGGGGCUGGGACGGCGCGCACGGCCCCCCGCCCGGGUGGGCCGCGCUGCAGAAGACCGCGCCCAGGGCACCCCCGCCCGCGUUGAACUCCCACGACCUGCAUCGGCUGGCCCUCGACGCCGCCGUCGCGCUGUGCCACCACUUCCACCCGCACCGCGCCCUGCUCAAGUACCAAACCCCGAACCCCGGCGCCCCGUCCCGCCCCCGACACACCCACCAACACCUCUACAACCUCGUCAAGUUCGUCGCCGCCCACCCGCAAACCUUCUACACCCCCGUCCGCCGCCACGUCGUCCUGUGGUUCCUCGCCCACGCCGCCGGCUCCGCAAGGCAGGUCGCGGAUCUCCGCCGCGCGGACAUGUGCGCCGCAAAGCUCACGGACCCGGAGGAGCGGCUCGUGCUUCCCUGUGAUCGCGGCCGCCCGGACGUGAUGGAGGCGAUCGCGGAGGCGAGGGCGUUUGUGUGGCCCGCGAGCGGGUUUAGGAGGGGAAGGAAAGGGGGAAUGGUGAGGAUGGGCGAUGCGAUGGUGCUGACGGGAAAGCAGGCGAAGAAGGACGGUUGCAGGGAUGGGGACGCGGGCAAGAGGGUGCGCGGCGGGUAACAUGGACAUAUGUCCUCGCCCCGAAAACGAGAAGUGCGUCGUCGAACAACAACAUCGUCCCGACGAGUCUGCACGAUUUCAAUCAGCUGCCACAGGCGACAGGAGGAAUGGCAGAAACGGUACCAAAAAAACCCCCAACAGUGCAUAUCUGCACCGAGGCG